AAACUGCACCAAUUAUAAAAUUAGUUCAAGGUGUAUGUUAUUGUAAAAAAUGGAAUGUGUCCUAUCAUCUGCCCGAGAACUUCUUUCCUAAUGUAGGCCAUAAACAACAAGAGACACAAUAUAUAUAUUAGACUUACUCUUUCUAAGUACCUUGAAGUGUUAAAAGACAUGCAUAAUGAUAUCCUUCAGCAAGUUUGAUAAACAAUAAGGAAUGGCCUUAAAUAGAUAUUUGGCAGUGUGAGAAGGCAGGGAGCAUUAAGUCUGACGCUCCUACAGCAGACAUUCAUCUUUUUUUUUCAUUUUUUAUAUUAAUCUACAUUUUGGGUGGCAUUUUUUGUGAACCACAAACUUGGGUCGUUUUCUCGGCAGUACUCACGAAUGUAUACAAAUAAUGAGGAAUAAAUAAUUAUAGGAUGUGUAUGUCUUUUAGUAGAUCCGUGUACUGUGAAAAAAAAAACCUAGUGCUAAUUUUAUAAUUUCCAGGUAAAAUGAAUUCAUGACAUUAGGUAAAUACAGAUUUAAUAUAAAUUAGAGUGAGGAGCUAGUAUGACAUCAGCUGACAAAGAUGGAGGGCUAAAUCUGCAGUACGGCACUUAUCAACAGGUGGGCACCUCCGAUGACUGCCAUCCCCUCGGGAACCUCUCCACAGCCGCCACCCCGGGGUGGGAGGGUGAGGAAUGUGACAGACAGAUACUGAGCUCUGAGUACUCCGAGUACCGAGAUGAAGCGGGGUCUAGCAAUCCCAGGCCGUUCUCCCUGUGUGAGAUAUCUCGAGAUAAGAAGGUCCUGCUCCUGAUGAUGGCUGUCUGUAACUUCUGUGCUGCUGCCAACUUCUCUAUACUGGGACCAUUCUUUCCAGAGGAGGCCAACAAGAAGGGGACCAGUCAGACUGUAGUCGGGCUGAUAUUUGGCAUCUUUGAACUGAUAUCCUUCCUUGUAUCACCUAUUUUUGGAAAUUAUAUGACAAAAAUUGGAACAAAGUUUCUUUUUGUUGCUGGUGUGUCUGUCAGUGGAGUCUGCACCAUUUUAUUUGGUGUCCUGAUCUACAGUCCGGGAGGGUACCAGUUUAUCCUCCUCUCUUUUCUCUGUCGGUCUCUGGAAGCCCUCGCCUCGGCCGCCUUCAUCACGGCCAGCUAUGCCAUUCUCACCGACGCAUUCCCAAAACACAUUGCCACAGUGGUUGGUUACCUGGAGUUGUUCACAGGGGUAGGAAUGAUGGUGGGCCCAGCCAUUGGUGGCGGUCUGUACUCAUUAUCAGGGUAUGGUCUUCCGUUCUACGUGUUGGGUGGAUCCCUAACGGCAGCCGGAGCCAUCAGCUUCUUUUUCCUGCCAACACUGGACAGUGCCCACAGGACACUCUCUGUUUCUGUCCUCCAAUUACUGAAGAGUUCCUUUGUGUGGUGUGUGGCGGGUUGUAUUGUCAGUGGAUCAUACACCAUUAGUUACAUGGAGGCAACACUAGCUAACCACCUACACAAACUGGGUAUUGGCACUGUGCCGGUGAGCCUCAUGUUCCUGAUUCCCCCCGCCCUGUAUGGCAUCACCUCCCCUAUCUGGGGAUGGAUAUCAGACUCCAAGAAUUAUGUGGUGUCCCUAGUUGUGUCUGGUGCCCUGUUAGCCUCCAUAUUUUUCUUCACCCUUGGACCCUCACCAAUUUUUCCAUUCCUCCCUUUCUCCCUAUGGCUGGUCUCUGUGUCACUAGCCGGAGUCGGGAUUUUCCUCAGUUGCCUUAUGAUUCCCAGCUUUACUGCAAUCCUUGUCGGAGCAGAACGGCUAGGAAUGGAGGAUAACUUGGAAACAUUUGGUAUUGUGUCCGGACUCUUUAACUCCUGUUAUUCCUUUGGUGCGUUUAUUGGUCCUAUCUCGGGCAGUGCCUUGGUUGAUGCGGCAGGCUUUGGGUGGGGAUCUACAGUUUGUGCUGGUCUGCUCAUUCUGUCGGGUCUAGUUCUUUUGGUAUUUGUGACAGUCAACAGAAACAAAUUUGGAAAAGUAAAAACGCUACUUCCAACACAAAGAAAAUUUUCUUUCAGACGUGGCAGGGGUUCAGCAGACACCGAGAUGUCCAGUGGCUUUGUCGACAAAGAGGAGACUGAAAUGUGCUCACUUUGACUCAUACUUUACUCACUCAGGAUACAGCUUCACAAAAUAUUGUACAUAGCUUCAAUUUGUUGUAUAUAGAACACCAUGUAAUUAAAUACCAAAAUGAACAGUUUCUU